AUGGCGGACGGCAAGCAGGUGCUGGGGAAGGUCACCGGCUGGCUCGGCGUGAUCACCGGGGCCUUCACUAUAAUAGUCUGGUGUUUUUUGCUGAGUGCGCGGGACCCGAAGAUCAAGUUGGACUCGGAAGACGCGCUGAACGACAUAAAUAAGGUGUUCUGGCGGCUGGCGCUGUUCACGUUCACCCCCUCCGUCUUCUUCGACAUCUGGACGCCCUUCGUGAUGGGCUUCGUGUCGAUUUUGUGUCACUUUCAGAAGUUCGACUUGACUUGGAUGUGCAAGACUUACAUCCACUACUUCAUUUGGAACUUCGCGCUGGGGCUCUUCGGCAACAUUGGCUACGCAGGCGGCGUCGGCAUCAUCUGCAGCGCCUUCGCCUUCCUCACGGCUUUGCUUUCUCUCAUUUGCAUUUUCAUUUUGCCCGGAGAAAGUCCCAAGCUGGGGCUCAACUCGCCCAAGGUCAGCACCAGGUAG